AUGAAAGUAUGCGACUUCCCAGCACCUGAUGACUCCGUCACGACCGAAGAAAUUACUCUCGAGACCGCCUGGAUACGAAUCUACACACCCCCAUCAGCCACAGGCGACGAGCCCGUGGCUGUAUUCAUCCACGGCGGCGGAUGGGUCAUGGACAGUGUGGAUGUUGAAGAUCCCCAUUGGAUAUUGCCUUUCACCUCAGCACAAGUUCCUCACGGAUCUCGAAGACUGCCUGCAAGCAUGAAGUGCACUCUCGAGCACUUCUCGCCAUCAUCUGUCGUGCUCGUCGGAGGGUCGGCUGGUACCAAUUUCACCUUCGGCCUUGCGCUGAAACUCAUCGACGCUGGGCUCAAAGAUAAGGUCAAAGGCAUUUUGGCCCUGGUCCCUGCCACGGUGCAUCCUAAUGCCAUGCCGGAGUAUAAAAAGACCCGGUAUACCGAGAUGCAGGAAAAUGCGGAUCGCACAAUCAACUCAUCGGCUGCUAUGAACUCUUGGCUGGAAGCGUAUGAUCCGCCUCUCAAUGACGUAUACUUUUCUUCUUCGAUUCUUUAUCCUCGGCUGGGGGAUGUGAAAAAGGUGUAUAUUGUCGAGUGUGGCGCUGAUACGCUUAGAGAUGACGCUCGGCUGAUGGAGGCUUUGGAGGACGUAAAGGUGCCGCUCAUGUAUAAUGCAUAUCCUGGAUAUCCUCACUAUUUAUGGGCGUAUCCCGCAUCAGUGCUGGGGAAGCAUCGGGAGGAGUUUCAUACAAACAUGUUCGGUGCGCUUCUAUGGCUUCAUGAAUGA